ACAACUUUGAAGGCAGCGUUUUCGCGCCUAUCAAGACAUUUAUAACGAUUGCGAUACGCUCUGAAAUUACAUCCGUCAGUUCAGUAAACGACUGAUUUUAGCGAAAAGCGCUGCAACCGGCAGUUUCAUGCGACGUGUCCCACGAGCACUGCGCCGUGACGUCACCGAGACGGUAGAAGGUGCUCCCUCUCCUCGAAGCGAGAAGGACGCGCUAUAGGGUGUCGACUGUCAGUCAGGUGAUUGCCGAGACGAGCGUGCAGUCAGUGUCACCGUCAGAAGCUGCGAGGAGCUAUGAGCGGGUACCUGGGCAGCUUAAGCGACCGCCAGCAAGCCGCGUUAGAUCAGUUUCGCAAUGUAGUGGAGGACGUGCGGAGGGCCACGGACACAGACGCAUUCCUACUUCGCUGGCUGAGAGCGCGGGACUUCGACGUGACCAAAGCGGAGAAAAUGUACCGUCACCAUCUCGAGUGGAGGAAAGAGAAUGGAGUGGACGACAUGCUGCAUAGCUAUGAGAUUCCUGAGCUUGUGAAGGAGAACUUUCCUGGCGCAUUCCUGCACCCGGGAAAAGACGGUCGGCCUGUGUGGAUAUUUCCAGUGGGCUUAGAUGUUCACGCGCUCCUGCAGGCGUUGACACCCACCGUUAUGAGGCGUCACACCGUCUACCUCACUGAGCAAGCGGAAUAUCUAAAACGGGAUUCCUCAAAAAAGAUGGGCAAAGAAAUACACAGUCACUACUUUGUGGCUGACCUGGACAAGUUAAGAUUGCGACAGGUAUACUCCUGGCAAGUGUUAAAAGCUGCAAGCUAUACUCUACACAUACUGGAAGAACUGUAUCCCGAGAGCGUCGAAACGUUUAUUAUCAUCAACGAAGACGGUUGGAAGGAGCGCCUCCUGGAGAUCGUGGAUGCGGCAAUUCUUCCCGCCCACUGGGGUGGAAACAUGGUGGGGCCCGACGGAGACCCGAUGUGCAGGCACAAGGUGAACUACGGAGGCAGGUUUGAAGAAGGCGCAACGUCUGCAUCAUACGACUCCGUGUUCGAUGAAAAGGACGCGCAGCAGCAGACCAUCGGCCGCCGGGACCGCUGGGAGCUGGCGGUUGACGUGGCGGAGGCGGGCGCACGGCUCAGCUGGCGUUUUCAGACGGCCACUGGUGACUUGGCCUUCGGUCUGCGCGAUCGCUGCGGGCAGGCUCUGGUCCCCCUGCAACGCCUUGAAGCAUGCAGCCUCGUACCGCAGGAGGGAGCCUGGCACUGCGACACUCCCGGAACGUAUGUGCUCGAGUUCGACAACACCUACAGCUGGCUGAACGACAAGACGCUGGCGUACAUCGUGAACGUAGACAGCCCAGAGCAGUUUCCUUGAUGGCCAAUAAACAACGGAACAAAUAUAUGUGACUUCCUAUA